CAAGCUGUGGCAUUAAUUUGUCGUCAAAUGGCUUGUGCACACUUCUACCAUUGCGCGGCGAGUCUGAUAUGCCGGUCCGAUACUGGAGCUCGUUUGGGCCAGAUUUUGACGCUAGAGAGUCGUCAAAGUUCGUGGCUUGGAACUGAGCUUAGGGUCUCAUCAUGCAGUCUCAAUCUCAGAAAUCACGUGCCUGUUUCACGGCGCCGGCCCCUAGCCGUCACUGUCUCCGUUAGCCUUCCCACGGCAAAACCAGAGCGUGCUUCUCCUGGCCAAAACUUUCCCAAAUGGUCUUCCAAGGCUAUAAAAUCGUUUGCAAUGUCUGAAUUGGAGGCUAGGAAACUUAAGUAUCCUACUACCGGAACUGAAGCCCUUCUCAUGGGGGUUCUCAUCGAGGGUACUAAUCUAGCUGCCAAGUUUUUGCGAGCCAAUGGAAUUUCACUUCUCAAGGUUCAAGAUGAAACAGUGAAGUUACUUGGAAAAGGUGAUUUGUUUUUCUUCAGCCCGGAGCAUCCUCCACUGACCGAUGAGGCUCAGAGAGCUCUUGAUUGGGCUGCUGAUCGAAAAAUAAAAUCUGGUGAUGACGGGGAAAUGACCACGGCGCACAUACUUCUUGGUAUCUGGUCCGAAGCUGGCUCUCCUGGUCACAAGAUUCUGUCCACCCUUGGCUUUAAUGAUGAAAAAGCUGGAGAGCUUGAGUCCUUAAUUUCUAAACCUGGAUGUACGGAUGAUUGAUGAAUGUCUACGUGCAAGAGUUUUAGCUUUAAUUCUAUAUUUAUUAUUGAUGCCAUUGUUUGUACAAUCGAUAUAUGAAUAGGCUGUUCGGUUGUGCCUACUGAUUUGGAAUGCAUAAAACUUACUAUUUUCGAA